CGUCUGCCUUCCGCCUACCAAGCGGCCAGAGUCUAAUCGCUGCCUGGAUCCUCUGAAAAACCAGCGCCGCUUCCCACCGCGGGCCGAGCCGACACCGCUCCGGGAGGUAAACACGGACCGCUUCACUGCGUUUUUCUUUUUUUUUUUUAAUCUUCAGAUCCUGCUCUAUCCAGCUUUCCAGAUGAGUGACGGGGAGUGUGACUUCUUCUGCUUCUUCCGCUGCUGCUGAGCGCGCUCCGUACGCGCCUCAGUCAGACGGGGAGAGAGGACAGGGUGUGUCUGGGUAGUGUAGUCCUCCCAGGCACGAGGCGGCUGAAGUGCAGGGAGGGGAGCCGGCAGCGGGCGGGAGGCAGAGCUUCAAACGAGCCAUUUCAGCCAAUCGGACCGGUGCGAUCCCAACAGGUAGGCGGGCCGUCUACCUGUCCGGGCGAUUGAUUCAGCCGAUUGGAUGUCUGUGGACAUGAACAGCCAGGCUUCGGACAGCAACGAGGAAGACUUCGGGGUGAACUCUGAGGAGGAGGAGGAUGAGGACGACGGAGGAGAGGAGGACGAUCAAGGCGACAUCGCCGGCUACUACGACGGCGUGGCCAGCGACGUGGAGCAGCAGGGCGCCGACUCCUUCGACCCUGAGGAGUACCAGUUCACCUGUCUGACCUACAGGGAGAGUCAGCGGGUGCUGACGGAGGAGGUCAACAACGUGGCUGCCGCGCUCAAGGUUUCACCGGCGGUAGCUAAACUGGUCCUUGUGCAUUUUCACUGGCAGGUUGCACAAAUAUUGGACAGAUAUAAGUCCAACUCGUCCCUGUUGUUGUCGGACGCCCUGGUCCAGCCCAGCAGCACCUGCAGAUCAGUCACUGCCCCCCAGUCCCUGCAGUGCGGUGUGUGUCUACAGGUCGUACGGAGGGACGCCCUGCUGGCUCUGCCCUGCCAGCACUCCUUCUGCAAAGCAUGCUGGGAGCAGCACUGCACUGUACUGGUCAAAGAUGGCAUGGGAGUGGGUAUCUCAUGUAUGGCUCAGGACUGUUCCCUGCAGAUGCCAGAAGACUUUGUCCUGCCGCUGCUGCCAGGAGAGGAGCUGAAGGACAAAUACAGACGCUACCUCUUCAGAGACUACGUCGAGAGUCACUUCCAGUUGCAGUUGUGUCCGGGUGCAGACUGUCCCAUAGUCAUCCAGGUCCAGGAGCCGCGGGCACGCAGGGUGCAGUGUAGCUGCUGCAGUGAAGUCUUCUGUUUUAAAUGCCGUCAGAUGUACCACGCGCCCACAGACUGUGGAACGAUCCGGAAAUGGCUGACCAAAUGUGCCGACGACUCCGAGACGGCCAACUACAUCAGCGCACACACUAAAGAUUGUCCUAAGUGCAAUAUCUGCAUUGAGAAGAAUGGAGGGUGCAAUCACAUGCAAUGCUCCAAGUGCAAACACGACUUCUGCUGGAUGUGUCUUGGCGACUGGAAGACCCACGGCAGUGAAUACUAUGAGUGCAGCCGUUACAAAGAAAACCCUGACAUAGUCAACCAGAGCCAGCAGGCUCAGGCCAGAGAGGCCCUCAAGAAAUACCUCUUCUACUUCGAGAGGUGGGAGAACCAUAACAAGUCUCUGCAGUUGGAGGCCCAGACGUACCAGAGGAUCCAGGAGAAGAUCCAGGAGAGAGUGAUGAACAACCUGGGAACCUGGAUCGACUGGCAGUACCUGCAUAACGCUGCCAAGCUACUGGCUAAGUGUCGCUACACGCUGCAGUAUACCUACCCCUACGCCUAUUACAUGGAGUCCGGCCCACGCAAGAAACUGUUUGAGUACCAGCAGGCCCAGCUGGAAGCAGAGAUAGAAAACCUGUCGUGGAAGGUGGAGCGAGCCGACAGCUACGAGCGAGGAGGCGAGGGGGAGCUCAGCGCCAACGACAGAGGGGAUCUGGAGAAUCAGAUGCACAUCGCCGAGCAGAGGAGACGCACGCUGCUGAAGGAUUUCCACGACACCUGAAGCCCCAUCACGACUGCAAAGCACCAGCAUCUCCCUCCCUCCUUCCUUCCUUCCUUCCUUCCCUCCUUCUUUCCUUUCCUCCCUUCCUUCCUUCCUUCCUUUCAUGAGCAUCCCCCUCGGUGCACACAUUCUUCAUCGCUCAUUCGCUUCUCUGUUUUCGUCUUCUCCUUCUCUCACUCUCAUUUGCUGCAGGGUCACAGAAUGGCACGAUUGUAUCUCCCUCCUCCUCCUCCUCUUCCUCCCCCUCUGCUCAUUUACAUCUUUCGCCUUCAGAGCAUCACGUCCGCCGCGGUUUACACUUGUGACAUCAGUGCAACUUUUGCGAUCUGAUCAUCGAGGCCGAAUUUUUAGGAGAGCACAACACCGAUGGAGAACACGGAUUAUGCAUUUGAUUUGGCUGUGUUCAUUUGAAACGUUGAUGCUCCAGAAUGAUCAGCGAUGAACUUCAUGUACUCAAACCACCAAAAAUUGUAAGGGAAUUGUUAAUGUGAGAGAACCAGGCAAGGCUUAAAAAAAAAAGUUAUGAGGAGAGAGGAUAGGUUUUUUUGUAAUUUUUGAGAAAUUAAAUUUAGAUGAGGAUGAUUUCGGAGGAAGGAUAUUAUUCACUGAAAGGUGGUGAUGAGUAUUUAUAAUUAAAUUUACAUUGUGCCCCUCCAGCGAUCAGACGACUGAAGUUGUGUCGAGCCAGUUAAGUGUAACCUCGACCGUCACACACACUACAGCACCCUCCAUCGUCAGCAUGCACGUGCACUCACACACACGCACACAUACACACACACAUACACAGUCAUGCUCAAACACUCCGCAAAGGAAAAUGAACAUUAACUAUUAAUUUGCCUCCUUGCCCUCCUCCCCCUGCUUCCAUCUCGUCCAUUCUUUACUUUCUUUUCCAUCCACCUCCACCUUCUCUUGUUGCUUUUUUUUUUUCCUGUUUUCUUUCUGCUCACGUUGUUCACUUUUCUUCUGGAAAAUGGCUGUUGAUAGAUAGAUCGUUUAAAAAAAAAAACUGAAAAAAGAAAAAAACAAAAAAAUUGCUGUAAUUUUCAACGGUUGUACAUUAAUACAGAAAUAGAGUUACUGAGAGAGAGUUUUUAAAACCGGA